ACAUCUUGAAUACAGAGAUAAAAAAUCUACGACGUCCUCCUUGACUUUUCUCUGUGCAUUUAGGUCGUCGUGGCCUAGAUAAGGUCCCUUCUUUGCCACGAAAAUUCAGACUAAUCAACAACUGAUAUUCUUCACUGAAAAUUAAUGGCAACUUCAGGCGUUAGAGAAGACAAAUACCGUACUUUCUUGUAUGGAGAAGGAGAGAAGAACACCAAAUGGAGGUUUGGUUCACCUCCAAACUAUGAUGAUGUCAACAAACUCUUUGAAGAAGGCAGGACAAAGGUAUGGCCAUCUGGAUCACUCGAAGAAAAAGUGCAGAACCUAGUAAAGACAUGGGAGAUGGAGAUGUUCCAUAAGACAUGCUUUGAUGAUUAUAAAUCAGUUGAUCCCAAGAAUUAUACUUUUAGCCUAAAUGGAAGGAAACCUGUAACUUUGGAAGAAAAGCGCAAACUUGGCGGAGGCUACAACACCUUUUUGCAGACUACUUUACCGGAGAAGUUCCGGGCCUAUAACCCUGCUGAAGAAACUGUGGAUUCAGCUCAUGUGGCUUUUACAACAGCAUUCCCUCGUGGGUUUGCUUUGGAGGUUCUCCAAGUUUAUUCAGGGCCACCGGUGAUUGUGUACAAGUUCAGGCACUGGGGUUACAUGGAAGGUCCGUUCAAGGGCCAUGCUGCAACUGGGGAAUUAGUAGAACUCUAUGGAAUGUCUAUUUUUGAGGUGGAUGAACACAUGAAGGUUGUGAAGGUAGAGUUCUUUAUUGACCGUGGAGAACUGCUUGGAGGUCUUAUGAAAGGUGCUACCUUGGACGGCUCAACAGCAGAGGCAGCUUCAACCUGCCCUUUCUGGAGGGGCACAGGGUAGCCAAACGAUUGCUGUGGUGAUAAAAAUGAAUGACUACGAUGGUUUCCCGGAUGCGGCACUCUAGUUUCUGUUGUGUGUGGUCCCGCACCAUGUGAUGGUGGGACCACCACAUUAAUUAGUAAGAGACAGCAAGGCAAGGCUGUCUCUUUGAAUUAAUAUAGGAGCUGCCACUGUAGAUGGCAGUAGCAAAAAAAAAACGGGAGAAAAACAAGAGAAAAGAGAAGAAGAGGCAGCAGAGCAGCCUGUGUUCUUUCUUUGAUUUCCAGCUCGUUCACCGUUGGAUCGGGCUGAGAUUUUGACAGCAGCUUCUAGACACAUUCCUCUUCAUUCGGGACGGUUGGAUCGAAGAUUAGUGGUGUGGAAGCUGGCUGUUUUGACAGAAAACGGGGCUGUCAGUUUUGUGAGUUUUUCUCAAAUAAUUCUCCUUUAAUCUUGUUGUAAUCCGAGAAUAAGUAGUUCUUGAUGAUAUAUAUGUUGUAUCCCUUAGUUGAAUCUGAGGAAGAACAGUUGUGAACCCAUUAUUUGUGAUAGUGGAAGUUUUUAGGUGGACUCCGGUCCCGUGGUUUUUCCCGCAUCGGGUUUUCCACGUAAAAAAUCUUGGUGUUAAUUUGUGUGAUUAUUUGCAUUAUAUUUGAUCAUUGUUUGAA